GGUGCCCACCACCACCUGAAAAUAAAGAUGUCCAACGUUUCUCUGUAUUUACUGAACCCACUGUCACUUGUCAAAUAGAGGGGGUUGCCCAUCGAUUUCUAGUAGAUACUGGGUGUACCUACUCUGCCGUUAGGACAACACAAGCCUUAUCAACAGACUCCAUACAGGUGGUGGGGGUAUCAGGAAGAGCGGAGACACAGCCCAAAACACAACCAUUGCUUUUCCAAUGGGGACCUUCAACCGUACGACAUCAGUUUCUAUACUGCCCUAACUGCCCAAUCAAUCUACUAGGGAGAGAUUUACUCUGCAGACUUGGAUGCUACAUCAACUUGACAGAAGCCGGAGUGGAGGUAUCCAUCUCACCUCCGACUCAGGGAAGAGUGUUACUCUUGCCCUCACUCCCUGUUCAACCUCUGUCCUUGACACAGGAAGUCUAUUGGCUGAAAUGUUUACAGACUACCGCAUCUACCCCUGCUGUCCAAUUCCAAUUCCAUAACUGGAGAAAAUUCAUCUACACUCUACACCCCUACAAGACGCCCCUCUCCGAGGUGCACUGCACCAUGAAUGUUACGGAUGAGGAAGACAACCCUUACACUGACGACUGGGAUGACAAUAUGAUGCAUCUGACACCCACUAUCAGAUGUGCAUCUAUUGUUUGUGGUCCCGAAGGUGUUGCCGCUCCAGUCAUUUUACCUACACACCUUAAACCAUGGUAUCAGCUUGCACCCGAAUCUGCCCCACACGUCACAUUAGCAGUUGGAAACGGCUAUGAAGCAAGAAGCCUGGGACCCAUGAUACGCCGGGCCUCCAAACUCAUCUGGGAACCUACAGCGACACCUGGGGUGAUGAAGGCAUCCACGGAACAAAUGUGGCGACUUACCUUGGUAGAUACCACCGAGACAUGCCAACCUGAACGACUCUCUCUUCCUCGUCAUCAUGGAAAACCCUACUCCGACCAUCCAUCCACCACAGCCCUAUUGGACUCCAUUGACAAGUCAAUCUGGACCACAUCACCUUUUGAUGUAGGGAAACUGGCAGUCCCUCCAGUCGAGGUAACUCUUACAGACCCGUGCCAAGCCCCUAUAUACAGGUCACAAUACCGUUUGAAGCCCGAACAAACAGAAGGAAUUCGCCCUACCAUCGAAGGACUGUUGGGGGCUGACUGUAUCUAUCCUACCCAUUCACCAUGGAACACCCCUAUACUUCCGGUUCCCAAAGCAGAUGGGAAGACAUACCGAAUGGUACAAGAUUUCCGAGCUAUCAAUGAAGUGACAACAGGGGUAGACUUUCCUGUGCCAGACCCUCACGUCACCCUGAGCAAUCUUUCACCCAGCCACAAAUACUUCACCGUGGUCGAUCUUGCUAAUGCCUUCUUCAGCAUACCAUUACAUGAAGGUUCUCAACCUCUGUUUGCCUUCACGUUCGACGGUCAGCAAUAUUCGUAUUCUGUUCUUCCCCAGGGCUACAGGUGCUCACCCGGAUUAUUCAACCGUAUCCUAAAGGAUCACCUGGCUGAACUCAUUAUCCCUGAGGGUGUGGUGCUCAUCCAGUAUGUAGAUGACCUUCUGCUGGCCGCACAAUCUUCAGAUCAAUGUCUGGCUACAACCAAACUCUUGCUGGAUUUUUUGGCGAUAAAAGGGUACAAGGUCAAGAAAUCUAAGGUUCAAACGUGUCGUCGAACUGUCCUGUUUCUUGGAAGAGAAAUCUCAAGUGAAGGGGCAGGACUGUCUUCCGCACACAGAAACUCGAUUUUGCAUCACCCGCGGCCUACCACAGUCUCUGGAAUGCUCUCGUUUCUUGGUCUUACGGGAUACAGUCGUACCCACAUACCAGACUACACCACCAGAACAGAACCCUUACGCGAGAUAGUCCGAGAAGCUGGGCCUAGAAACCUUCAUGCCCCUCUGAUAUGGACUCCCCAAGCAACUGAUGCGUUUGGCCUCCUGAAAACCGAACUCUCAGUGGCAGCUGCACUUACUGCCCCAGACUAUGGCAAGCCCUUCCACUUGGAUGUUUCCGAAAAAGAAGGAUUCACAUCAUCCAUUCUCUUUCAGAAACAAGAGGGGGAGAGAAGGGUCCUGAUGUACCACUCAUCAAAACUGGAUCACAUUGACACAGGUCAAACCACGUGCUCAAGAUACGUGGCGGCGGUAGCAAAAGCAAUUGAAAAAACUGCCCACUUGGUAAUGUGCCACAAGCUGGAAAUACACACACACCAUGGCGUUGCAGCAUACCUAACUGCAAAAGAAUUUACUUUCAGUGCACACAGAAAAAACAAAAUUCAGAACAAAUGUACACAGUCACACAUCACGUUUGUCAACACGGACAAGAACAUGGCUGACGCCCUUAAUGCGGAAGAAGGGAUAACCCAUGUGUGCGCAGAAAGAGCGGCUCAAGAACUGAAACUCAGACCAGACUUGGAAAACGAACCCAUAUUGACUGCAGACCUAUGGCUAUACACUGACGGGUGUUGUUACAGAGGAGAAGAAGGCAACAUAGCAGCAUAUGCAGUAGUACAACAGACUGAGGAUGGAGCCCACACCACCCUGGAAUCAGGUAUAAUACCUCAGCCCGCAUCAGCCCAAUUGGCAGAGAUAAUUGGACUCACCCAAGCAUUAACAGUGGCCAAAGGGAAAAAGGUCAACAUAUACACCGACUCAGCGUAUGCUCAUGGAGCAGUACACAUUGAUGGACCACAAUGGGUCAGACGAAACUUUACCACUACUGGAAACCUACCAAUCAAGCACAAGACCCAGAUGGAGCGACUGAUUGCUGCAGUAUCACUUCCUGAAAAGGUGGCCAUAAUGAAAUGCAAGGGACAUCAGAUACUGGACUCCAAGAUCAGCAAAGGAAAUGAUGCGGCCGACCAGGCAGCUAAGAAAGCAGGUGGCUACACUCCCAGACAAAUGGUUCUAAAAGUAAGUCCACCUGGGACUGAAUUGACUAACCAACACAUCAAGGAACUGCAACAAGCUGCCGGACCGUAUGAACACUCAGUAUGGGGACAGAAGGGAGCGACAAAAGGUCCUGAUGAACUGUGGCGAUGCCAUGAUGGCAGACUAGUGGCCCCUGCAAACCUCUGUCCUGAACUAAUCAGAGAAGCACACGGACUGACACACGAGGGGAAACUGAAGACUUGUCAGAGAGUCUCUUACGUGUGGUGGCAUCCUUACAUGAAAGAAAUGACAGAUUUGUUCUGUGACAGUUGUGACAUCUGUGGAAGUCACAAUCCAAAGAAACCUUACCAAACACCAAUGGGUCACUAUCCGGUACCUAAUGCCUGUUUUCAAGACAUCAGCAUAGAUUAUACAGACAUGGGAGCAGAUCAAGUGAAGGGAGGAAAAAGAUAUUUGCUAGUAAUGGUAGACAGAUUCUCUAAAUGGGUAGAGGCCAUUCCUACAGUUAAGGAGGAUGCGAAGUCAGUCAUUAAGUGGCUACAAACGGAACUCAUACCUAGGUAUGGGGUCCCGCGACAAAUCAGAUCCGACAAUGGGUCCCACUUCUCCAACCAACACUUGAGACAGGUUGAGGAGAGGUUUGGCAUUACACACAAAUUCGGUUCGGUGUAUAAGCCGCAAUCGCAGGGACUUGUGGAACGCUGUAACCAGACUUUGAAAGCUAAGAUAGCUAAGGUUUGUGCAGGAACUAAAUUGACAUGGGUGGAAGCCCUGCCCCUGGCACUGAUGGCCAUGAGGUCCUCACCAGGUGCAGGGACACAUCUCUCACCCCAUGAGAUAAUGACAGGCCGAGUGAUGCCUGGGCCGCCAAGAGAGGGAGGUCAUAUGCCCCCUCUUGAUGUCCACCAGAUAGGAAUGUCUGACUAUGUAAAAAAACUGACCGAAUUAUCUGCAGCUCUCUCCACGCAGAUACACCGGGUCGCAGAGGGGGAGCUGACGGAUGACCAGGAACAACCAAGGGUAAAGGUUGGUGACUGGGUAAGGAUCAAAGUCCACAAAAGAAAGUGGGCUGAUCCCAGGUGGACUGGACCGUACGAAGUGAAGGAAGUUACUUCACACUCGGUCCAGGUCAAAGGUAAACCAGGGGCACCUUGGCACCACCUGACGCAUUGUACACCAGCACCAGCACCUGACAGAACACUGACAGAAGUCAGAAGCGAUUUGAUCGCAUCUAAUUCGGCUACAAAUUCUGUUAGCUCUGACAACUGAAGGAUGUG